GUAAAGUAUUGAUUAUUGUAAUUCAUAAAAAUCGAUGACUAUUUCAACCAAUAAAGAAUGUGAACAUGUGACAACCAAUUUUAAACAAAUACGUGAAUUUAUUACCUAUCUGAUAUCAGACUUAGAAUAUCACGCUAAAGUUCUGGAAGAUUCUUUUACAUCUUAUUUGGAAGAAAUGAAAAAUUUAGUUACAGGAUAUGGAAAUGAUGAAAAUAAAAUAGGAAUUCAGAAAAGAUCUUACAGAAAAAUUGAUCAAAUGUAUUAUAGAUUGAUGAAAGUUUUGCAGACAGUUCCUCAACUUAUUUCAGAAGAUUACGAUUAUUUACUGUCUCUAGGAAGUGGUUUAUGUUACGUUUCUAAAAAGAUAGAAAAUAUUACACAAAGAAUUAUUACAGCUAGUCACGUUGAUACAGUUGAUAAAUUUCAGAUAUUAGGACAACUAAAAACACAACUUAGAAAUGCUUUAUUCAAAUACAAUAAAUUAGCUACAGACUAUAAUAAAGAGGUAAAGAGAAUUGAUGUAAUGAAGUCAUAUUUAGCACGAGGUAUUAUUAUGUAUACUUCAAAUAUAUCUAAGAAAGAAUAUUCACUUUUUAUUGAUAUUGAAGUGAAUAAGUUUGUACGUUAUGUUGAACAGGAUAAAGUUUACCAGAUGAAGAGCUAUAUGAUCAAAACGUUGCUUAAAAGAUUGGCUCAGAGCAUGAGAGCUCUUAGUACAAAUUCUAUUACUCCGAUUCCUUUGAUGAGUUUAGAUGAAUUACCAAUUCCACGUGAACAGUCUCCAAACACAGGAGCAUUGUAUUGAAGUCGAUGAAUUAUUUUGCUUUCAAGGAUUUUACUAGACUUUUUAAUAGAAAAAGAGAUUCAAAUAUUUUUAUUUUU